AAAAAAAUAAAAACAAGAAUAAAUGAAAUACAGGCUGUCUAGUAAUAUUUCAAGCACGCCAUUCUAUCAGCGUAGCCUCGCUUGGGAUAAGAACCCCUACGUCGAUAUUCUGUCCUCUCCUUUACGCUUCUGCGUUGUAUCAAAGUACAAAUACCCGGUCUCCCUUCUCUUGCGCUUUAAGCUCGCGAAUGGCAAACUAGUCUGUCCGUAUCAGUCUAAAUCCGCUAAGGAAACUAUAAAUGGUAAAUCUAUCUCUCUAUUGUGUCGUAAAUCCGCACUCCAGAUAUUCCUAGAUGAGCGUUUAUACAAGCGUCUAUCUAACAAAGCAUCCGUUCCAGCCAACUUUAUUAAUACGAUCGAGAGAGGUCUCGUUGAGGAUAUAAUAGAAAACCUUGAUAGUAUUACUAGGCGUCUCCGCAGUAAUUGUCUUACUAGUGAUGUCUUAAUGUCACAGACGCCCUGGCUGAUGUCUAGACAGGAUACAGGUUCUACAGACAGCGGUACUAUCUCAGACCCCGGAUUUUAUUUAUCACUCAAUAGCGAAGACACCUUCAGUCAACUUGUACAGCACGGCAAUCAGUCUGUACCCAUGUACGCCUUCGAUAAGAGAUACGCACAGCCAGACCAACUAGAGAGGAUCACGCACAAUCUGCAGAAAAUAGAAGAACAUCUCAGAAGACGGGGCUGCAAUGUUGGAGACCGAGAGAAGAACAUCUUUGCAUUUGGAUUCGGUGCGGUUUCAGAUGGCAGACUCACCGUCAACCUCUCCAAGCUGGCUAUUUCUUUAUGGCGAUAUAGAAUGUGGAACGAUGACCCGCCAAAGCUCGAAUCGUUCGGUUUGCAUAGCCAGGAUGUGAACGUAAUAAAGUAAAUGAUAAUACAUAAUGAUAUACUUAG